UUUCUUCUCUCUCAAAUCUCAGUUCAUUUAACUAACUACUCCACCACCAAUCACAAAUUCACAAUGCAAAAGGCGCUACACUACAGGGAUGAGCAUGAGCUCAUGAAUUUGAGAGAGCUGGUGGCGGAGAAGGCGGUGGUGGUGUUCGCGCACAAGGGCUGCUGCAUGUGCCACGUGGUCAAGCUCUUGCUGAACGGCCACGGCGUCAAUCCGGCUAUUCUCGACGUCGACGAGCUCAACGAAGGCGAUGUGACCGAGAUCGUCGGCGGUGCGCCGCAGUUUCCGGCGGUUUUUCUGGGCGGAGUGCUUUUCGGAGGGGUGGAGCAGGUGAUGGGGGCUCAUAUCUCCGGCGAAUUGGUGCCCAGAUUGAGACAAGCUAGGGCUUUGUGGCUUUGACGGAAUCGACUCUCUUUCCAUUUUUGUCUUCUUUUUUUAAUGAAAAUGUUUACUUUAAGAUUUUUGGAGUAGAAAUGGAGCUCGCAAAAUGAUGUACACGAAUAUGAUCUUGUACUACAUACUGUUUUUUAAGCUCCUA